UUCCUAAAUCAGAGCACGGCCUUCCUCUCCCACCUUCUCCUCCCACUUCGCGCCUUCUGGGGCACUUCCUGCCUCCUCGCAAGUAAAUUGAGACAUCGUCGUCGUCGCAAUUUUAAUGUUAAUUGCGUUCCUUUGCUGAUCAACUCAUUUUUCACUAUAGCGGGAUGGAUUGAUGAGUACGGUCCUCUCAUCACCAUUCGUUCAGGAACCGAGAAGAUCAUUAUCAUCGGCCGUCAUAAAGCCGUAAUGGAUAUCAUGGAGAAGCAGGGCGGAUCGCUAACUGAUCGUCCUCGAAUGAUUGCUGCUGGAGAAAUUCUUAGCGGCGGACAGGCUAUCGGUUUUAUGCACGCUGGGGACAGGUUUCGUCGGAUGCGUAGAGCACUUCAUUCGCACCUCCAGCCUAAAGCGGCUGAGGCUUAUCAGCCUCUGCAGAUGUCACACGCGAGAAACACAGUGCUAGACAUUCUUGAUGAUCCAUACAACUUCCAGAACCACGCGACAACUUAUGCUGCGGCGAGUAUUAUUAAAAAAACAUACGGGAAAACUACACCCACGUCUGCAAGUGACACCGAAGUCAGAGAGGUUCACCGCCUCUUCGAAAGCUUUCGCACAGCUUUGCGCCCUGGUGCUUACCUCGUGGACUCGAUUCCAUGGCUCAAAUACCUUCCUUGGUAUGGUCUAGACUUAAAACGACAGUUUGAGAGCACCAGGAAACUCUACACAAAUCAGCUCAACCGUGUGAAACAGCAACUAGCACGCAUAGUCUUACCAACAUUCAGACUAUGUUUGAAUUAUUCCACAGCAGAGCAAUGUGGAUGUUGGUCCUUCGUUUGCGAAAUAUAUGCUAGAAAACGAGCGCCUCCAUCAUUUGACGAGACCGAGAUGGCGUUUCUUGGUGGCGCCUUGUUUGGAGCCGGAUCUGAUACAACUGCUGUGGCAAUAUGCACGGUACUAAUGGCAGCCGCAUGUUUUCCCGAGGAACAAGCUAAAGUACAGGCCGAGCUUGAUAUGGUCAUCGGAAGGCACCGAGCACCGACCUUCACCGACCAAGAAUCCCUUCCUUGUCUUCAAGCCUUCAUCUCUGAGGCCUUGAGAUGGAGACCGUUGGCUGCUAAUGGGUUUGCUCACCGAACGACUGAAGACGUGAUUUGGGAAAACUAUUGCAUUCCCGCUGGGACUACAGUAUCUGGCAACCAUUGGGCCAUCUCUCGAGAUCCAGAAGUCUACCCCGACCCUGACAUGUUCAAGCCUCAGCGCUGGAUUAAUGACCAAGGCCGCAUGAGAGAAGAUCUCAAGUUCUUCGUCUACGGGUUUGGUCGGCGCAUAUGCCCUACUCAACAUGUUGCGAACAGAUCGGUGUUCAUAAAUUCGCUUCUUAUUCUUUGGGCUUUCCAGCUCACUCUGGAUCCUACAAAGCCGUUUCAUGACUUGGGUUUCAUGACCGGGGCGAUGCCGAAUGACAGGCCAUGCGCUAUUGACUUCAAGACGAGGUUUACGGAAGUAAAUCUCAGGCAUAUGAUGCAGAAUUAUCCUGUCGUCGCAUGAAAAGCCUUGACAUCGGACUACGCACGGUCGAACAAAGAGCCGGUCGGGAAUGAACCACUAAUUCGUUCAUGCCGUUAGGUCUC